AUGGCAGGUGACCCCUCGAAACGUAAUCAGAAUCUAUAUUGCGCGUACCACCAAGAGCCAGGCCACACCACUGAUGAUUGCAGGAAUCUAAAAAACCAUUUGGACCGGCUUGUCCGAGAAGGGAAGUUGAGGCAUCUGUUACAUCGCCCUGAAGGAUGGCAGGAACAGUCAAAUAUCGAAACCAGACAAAGUACAUUGAGGCCACCCAUUGGCACAAUAAAUGUCAUUCUUGCCGCACCUGGAAGGACCGGUUCCAACCCUUUCAGAGUAAUGUCAGUGGGCAGGUUCCCGACUGAGUCGGACGACAGGGAAUCCAAGAGAGCCAGAGUAAUUGCCACGCCCUUAAUCGGGUUCUCGGAUGAGGACAAACAAGGAACCCUUCAACCCCACGAUGUCGCCCUAGUCGUCACGCUCAGAAUUGGAGGUUAUAACGUGAAAAGAGUGCUGGUUAAUUAA